AUGAGACAGAUUGAGAAGAUAAUGGAUAUGAGGGAGAAAAAGGAAAAAAGAAAGAACAUAGUGAUCAAGAAGAGAAAGAAGGAAAACAUACGAGACGAAGUGAAGGAUCUGAUCAGGGAUGGAGAUGGAUGUAAAAAUGAAGGAAUCAAGUUAGGCAGCAAAGAGGAGAAGAGGGAGAUAAUGAAAAGGAAGAGCAUAUUGAAGGAGAGAGUGGAAAGAAUAGAAGAUGACUGGACGUGUAACAAGAGGAGGAUACAAUUUAACCUAAGAAGAAUAGCGGAAGAGAAAGAAAGGGAAGGAACGAGAACGCAAGCGACAUAUCGGCACAUUUGGUUGGAAGGAAAAUGGAGGAGUUGA